UCUUUUGCAUCGCUGGACUUUGCCCGAUUCAUUUUUGUUUUUAUUAAGCUGUUAAGCGCUCGUGGGACACCUAUUUAGUUAAUCAUAAAUAAAAGUUAAUUUAGCGCAACAACAAUGUCUCAAUUAUUCAAAAAUAUCGCUUUUAACCAGCCGAAGAAAUUUAUUUCAAGUACCUUUAUAAGAACAUUCACAAACGCAGAACUACCAAAAUUUGAAACCCUAGCUGUAUCGGAACCCAAGAAACAUGUAUUUCACGUGGAGUUGAACAGGCCUAAGAAAUCAAAUGCUUUCUCUAGAACUAUGUGGCAAGAAAUCACGAACUGCUUCAACACCCUGAGCUUGAUACCGCAGUGCAGAGUUAUUGUAUUAUCUGGUCAAGGAAAGCAUUUUACUGGCGGCAUUGAGCUGCAGAGUCUAGUACAAUUGGCAGCGGAAGCUGAUGAGUUAGAAGAUGUGGCUAGAAAGGCGCGCUUCCAUUACAACUUCAUUAAAUAUGCUCAGGACACCAUAACAUCUUUAGAGACUUGCGUGAAGCCCGUCAUAGCUGUGACGCACAACGCGUGCAUCGGCGCUGGAGUUAACUUGAUCACUGCGGCUGAUAUGAGGUACUGCACAGAAGACGCGUGGUUCUCAGUGCGUGAGGUGGACGUGGGUUUGGCUCCCGAUGUAGGCACUCUCCAGAGAUUGCCUAAGAUAAUAGGCAACGCAUCAGUAGCUCGGGAGCUGUGCUUCACGGGCAGAAACUUCGACGCUAAAGAGGCGAAGGAAAUCGGACUCGUCAGCCAAGUGUUCCCUGAUAGAGACACAGCUAUUCAGAAAGUUCUAGAGAUAGCCGAGAACAUAGCUUCAAAGAGUCCCGUAGCUGUGCAGACUACUAAGAUCAACCUGGUUUACUCGCAGAGCCGGCCUAAUGAUGAUGGAUUGUUGCAUGUUCGUCUUCUGAACUCGGUGAAUAACCAGGGCGAAGAUUUAACCAAGUCAGCCAUAGCUCAAGCCACUAAGAGCCCAAUACCUGAGUUUGAUAAUGUUUAAGUUUUAUAUUAUUUACUUGAUUAGAAUGACAGAUGUUAGUAAAACUGAAGAUGCUGAAAAAGGCCCUGUAAUAUUUUAUUAUUCAUAUUAUGGAGAGAUUCCACCAAAAUUAUUGGCGAACAAAAAAUGAGAAGGCACAAAGGUAGUAAUUUCGCAGACAUUUUAGAAAUGUAGGUUUAUUUGAAACUUGUGUUUCGGGCUUCGGGUAUCGAUAUAUCCAAAGGAAACAUUUUUUGUCGUCGCCAUAUCGCACAACAGUGGAAUCUCGCCUUUAGAAGAUUAUAAAUAAAACAUGCACUAUUUUUAAAGCUGUCAUUCUAAUCAAGGUUUAUAAAUCCUUCAUAUAUUACAAGUGAAAGUUUGUAAAUAUGUAUCAUGUAAAUAUUAUAUGAAAAAGAGUGACUCUACUCCUUUUUAAAAUCUUUUUCCAUUAUACACUUUUAAUUGCUAAGUCUGAUUAUCCUGUUUACGAGAUUAUAAGUUCAGCAUUUUAUUUUUCCUGCCAGAGAUUUUGUAUCAGGUAAUUUUAUAACCUUAUUACCUUUACAAUGAAGUUGAAAAAGAUUUUGUACGUCAAUUUUAUAAUGUGCAUUGUAUACAAAACUACUUAUGUGUAUUUAAAAUAAUGUAAGACAAUAUUUUGGAUAUGUAUACAGUUGUUAUCUUUUGUAAGAAAUACCUUAUUUAAUAAAAUGUUUUAAAUAUUUAAA